CAAAACUCAAAACCCCGGAUUUAAAUCCUUAAUAAAAUCUCCUCUGUAACUAGCCGUUACUCCAUACCGGACGUUCAAGAAACCAAACCUCUUGCCUAAACUUGAUCAAUUUUUCACUCUGUAACUAUUUCGAAAUUUUUUGCUUCUAAAAGAAUCUGUAUUGGUUUUCUGGAGAGCCCAUGGCGGUGGCUUCGAACAAGUCUCCUUCGCCAAUCUCUGGCAGAGCAAACCCAAAUGCAAGAAGUUCAGAAAUCGGAAAUUCCAUGAGAAGAAGCUUCACAGGGAAUCCAUUUAGCAAACCCUCCAUUGUUCCCAAUCCCAGAGGUCUCAACCCCAAUACUCCUGCUAAUAGUCCUUCAGACUAUCCUCGAAGAAGCUCCGUGAGCAGGGAGAAUAUAACUACUCUCCGCGAUAACGAUGAUAAAGAAAACGCCAAAGUGGCGGCUAGAGUUCGAUCUCCAAUGGCGGCUUCAAAGGGCACGAAAAACUUCAUGUCACCAACGAUUUCAGCAGCUUCAAAGUUCACGCCUUCUCCCAGGAAGAAGGUUCUGGAAGAGAGAAACGAGCCAGUUCGGGCUUCUCUUUCGUUUUCUGAAGUAAAACUUGCAGAUUCAGAGCACAAGAAAGAAAGCUUUUCGCAAAGCGAAACAGUCACCGAUCCUCUAAGUUUCAAGAAAGAAUCGGGUUCGAUACCAAAGAAGGUAACUUUUAAGGAACCCCUUCAGUGUUUUGACAAUGUGGUUAUUGAAGAGGCUGACCUUGUUAACCUUGACCCUACUUUUAAGAUUAGCCCCCCUGCUCCUCCUCAUCCUGGUUCAUCUUCUUCAAUUCCCAUCAUAGCUCCUUUAGAUUCAGACCCUUUGGCGCCUCCUUAUGAUCCUAAAACCAACUAUCUUUCUCCAAGGCCUCGCUUUCUUCGUUUCAAGCCCAACCCUCGAGUAGAACUCUUUCUUAACAACUUGACAAGUGAAGGGAAGUCACUCGAGGACAGCUUUUCUGACACUGAUAUCACUACUGAAGAGGAAAUCCUGUCUGACUAUUCUCAGAAAGAUUUGGAUGAUGUUUCUUCCAAUGAAGCAGCCAAAGAAGAAGAAGAAGAAGCAAAAGAAGAGCUCAUUGUUUCUGAGCCAAGUCCUAUUGAUGCUAAAGAAGAAGCAGAAACAGAAGAAGAGCUCAAUGUUUCUGAUCCAAGUCCUAUUGAUAUUCCUACUUUGGAGGAGGAAGAGGAGACUGUUGAAGCGAAAGGGAUAUCUACUAAGCCACACUCAAUUUGGAGAUCAAAGUUGACUUCUUUGCUUAUUGUUUUGUCGUUUUUUUGUCUAGCUAUCUCAGUUUCCAUCUCACCUGUCACUGAUGAAACUGUGUUUGAUAGCUCAACCCUAUUGAAGCAGUAUGAUCAUGGUGAAGUGAUGGCAUUUGCAAAAGCAAGGUUUGAUGGGUUAGCUCAAAAUUUUGGUGUUUGGUAUGCACACACUGUGUCUGUCUUUUUUGAGUUGUUCUCCAAUCUUAGAGGAGCGCACAAACUAGGCCCUUUACAGUACUACAACUUGACUUCUCUAGUUGAGGAUGCAAGAGGUGAUAGCUAUGAAAUGAAUGUGUUUGCCUCAAGAGGGAGAGAUAUUGUAACUUCUGAAGAGAAUGUUGAGCUAGAAACUGAAGCUGUUGAUAGCAUUUUUGAGGCCCCAGAAAUGAAUAUUUAUGCUGAAUAUGUAGAACAAGUGUCUCUAGAGGCUGACGAAGCACCACCUGUUGAUGCUCAUGAAGUGCACCAGGCUUCACAAGUUGAGGUGGUGGUUGAACCAGAAAAUUCAGCAAGAGAGCAGCUAAGCCAAGAAGUCCAACCUCAACUUUCUGAAGCUCAAGAUGAAAGUGAUACAAGUUUUGUUGCUGAGUCUGAGAUUGAGCCUGUCUCAGAAGACUUUGGAAAUGAAAGCCCAGAAAUUGUUGAUGCUUCUUCACCAGAAGAUGCGAAGAGCAUGGAAGAACCAGUCAAUGAGAAUGAAUACGAUCUCCCCAGAGUGAAUGAAAUCCCAGAAACUGUUGAUGCUUCAUUCCAAGAUGCAAAAAGUUUAGAAGUAACAGUGGAUGGGAAUAAAUAUGAUCUCUCCACUGUGAAUGUGCUAGGAAUGGCCUUGUGUGCUGUCUUGGCUCUUAUUGCAUCCACAGUCUUCAUGUUAGUCAAGAAAGGGAAUAAUAAUAACUCAAUUCCCAAUGUAGUUCCGCAAUAUGUGACUAAGAAAGUGGAUUCAACUCCUAUUCUGCCAGAGAGGCUAGAGAACUCUUUUGAGGUGAGACACUCUUCCUGGACCUAUUCUGGAGAGUCUUGUUCCUCUGAAAUGAGCAGCUUUCAGAACUAUGAAAGGAGAAAACCAUCAACGAACAACAACCAUAGGAGAGAAUCUAUGGCUUCUUCAUCAAUGGAAGAUUCCUCAAUGGGUUCACCCUCGUAUGGGAGUUUCACCACCUAUGAGAAGAUUCCCAUCAAAAGUGGUCAUAUUGAUGAGUUAAUUACACCAGUGAGGCGCUCGAGCAGACUCAGAAGCCAAGUCACUUCACCGUGAUGAUUGCUAUUUUCAUGUUCUUUUCACCAAUUGAAUUAGUCCAAGUUGAUUGUUUUAGUUUGUCUUAUAAACUUAACCAUAUUAUGUGUUGUAGUUAGUUAGUUAAUCAUAACUUGAUUGGCUGUGAUUAUUGUCGUCUUUAGUAUUUUUUAUGCAGGUUAUCACAACUUGUUUGGUUGUGAUUAGUGUCUCACCAUUAUGUAGUUAAUCAGAAUCCUGAUUGGUUGUGAUUAGUGCCUGAAUAUAUUCUUCCCACUUCAUUAUA